AUGCAAACACGUCAAACAAUUAUGCAAGGUACUAAAAUUUUAACUGGAUCCCUUGCGAAAGAAGUUGAAGAAAAUGACCUAUUUUCAACUUUAUUUGAUUCAUUAACUCCUGGAAAUUACUUACACUAUAAUGUACGUGUUGAGGUUAGAAAUAAGGAUACAGGACCUUGGAUUACAGUGCACGAAGGAUUAGAAAGUAAACUAUUAUUAAUGAAAAUGUUAGAAUUUACAAAGCUUAAAUAUGUUAUCCUUCCAUCUGAUAUUGCUGUAUCAUCACCAUCACAUAUACGAUUUCCUAAUGCUUUUACAAGACUGAUGGAAUUCAAACUUCAACUCCCAGUACAAAAACGCGAAAAUACACAUAAUAUAUUGUUAUAUAAUCAUAUUAUUCAACUUUUACAAAAUAAAAAUGUUGGAUGGAUUGUGUAUCAGCAAAAUGGUGCUUACAAUGAAUACUAUCAACAAAUGAAGAAAAAAAAACCACAACUUACACGUUUAGAACUAUUUCAAUUAGCUAAUUCUAUAGAGAUUUCUUUAACUGAACCAUGGGUAUCCGAAGCUUUUUGGCAAGAAGUUAUAUCAAACAUUUUUGAAUUUACUUCAAUGUUAAAAAAAUAUACUGAAAAUCUCAAAACUACUAAUGAUAAUAUGAAACGUAUUCAUAAAAGUGGAAAUCCAGUACGUGAACCAUCCUCCAACUGUAAUAUUCAUCUUAUUUCCAAAAAUGAUGAAGAAAUCGAUGAGAGAUAUUUUGAACUAGAUUCUGAUCUCAAGAAUAAUGAAUUAUUUGAUUUUGUUGAUCUUGAUCAAUAUGCACCAAACGAUCCUAUAAAAAAGCACAAUUUUAUUCGAGAUAUUCAGUUGUCUGUACCUGCAGGAUUAUAUAGAUAUCCUCACGGUAAUUAUCUUGGAACACUUAACUUUAUAUGGAGAGCGCCUGAUAUUGAAGAAGCUAGUGAAUAUUAUAAAACUCUUAAGGCACAGAUGAUUACCCGUAUAAAUGAUAUAAUACCAAUAUACUGUACUAGACAAAUGAAAAAAAAUUAUUCACUAGUUCGUCAUCUCUCAAAAUCAGUAUUAAGAAUGUUAUAUCAUGAUUUAACUGGUGAUGCUUCAUUAGCAAAUGAUCAAAUUGGUAAAGAAAUAGAAGAAAGACUAUGUCUUAUGAUAUCAUUAGAAGACCCUUCUAUAAUAGUUGAUCUAAGAACGAAUAAUGGAUUUAAAGGAUUAAAAUUUGAUAUAUUCUGGGAUGAGCUUGAUGGAUAUUUUAAUGAACAUAAUAAUACAGUUGUUAAUGAGCGUCGAACAAAUACUAUUUUAUAUAUUCCAUAUGCUAUAUCUAUUCGAGAGUUACGAAAUAAAAUUAUUACUCGCUUAAAUACAAAAUAUCAAGGACCACCUCUGCCAUACGAUUAUGAACAUGAAUUUAGUAUCAAAUAUCAAGAUUAUGCAUGUUUUAUCUCGGCAGAUAAUAAACAUAAGGUGCCUAUUAGAGAAGAUGUGCCUAUAUCUACGGGUGUUCGUAAUAAAAAAACUUUGGCAUUAGCUGAAGGGGAAAUUUCUGCAUCUGAUCAUAACUUUACCAAAUUAUCAUUAACGCCAUCUGUUACAUUAUUUAUUGAUAUACCAAAUAAUAUAUCUGAAUCUUUCUAUGAUAGAAAAGUAUAUGUAUGUUAUAAAGACACAGUAUUUCAGCAAAGUAGUGCUUUAAGACAUUCAACAGAAUUUUUUAAUCUUGUGAAACAUCAAUAUCAAAAUCGACCCUUUCCUACAAUUUUAUCACUCUAUACUGAUGGAGGUCCCGAUCACAAAUGUACCUUUGGAUCUGUUCAAGUAGCUUUAAUAUGUUUAUUUUUAGCAGGUGAUUUUGAUAUGUUAAUUGCAGUUAGAACAGCUCCACAUUACAGUUGGUGUAAUCCUGCAGAAAGGUUAUAA